GGGGCAGUGAAGAAAAAAAAAGAAAGAAAAAGGAGGCGUUUCCCUCCGAACAACACAUCAGCUGCAAAUUUAUGCAGAGCAGAGAAAUCUGUGCCGCUGCUUCUGUUGCUGCAAAGGAGAAGAAGAAGAAGAAAAGAAGAAGAACCAGCACAGGGAACCGAACCGACCAGGAGGCCGCUCAGUCGCUCCGAGUCGACCUGCGGCGGGGAGCCGGUGAAGGAGGAGCCCGAGAAACCCCGAGCGGUGACGCCAUGGAAACGGACGGUGAGCAAAACCAGCAGGGGGUUUCAACCAAUGGGAGUGCAGCUUCUGGGACGAGCUCCCGCCCAUCGCCCAUGAAUUCCAUGUCUCUGUAUGAAAGGCAAGCGGUGCAGGCCCUCCAGGCGCUGCAGAGACAGCCGAAUGCAGCCCAGUACUUCCAGCAGCUGAUGCUGCAGCAGCAGAUCAACAGCGCCCAGCUGCAGAAUCUGGCUGCAGUGCAACAGGUGAAGGCGACUCUGGCGGCCAGCAGACAGUCCAGCCCCCCCAGCAGCAGCAGCAGCAGCAGCUCUUCUCAGACCACCAGCACCACAUCUGCCAGUGUCACGUCUGGAUCAGCUUCCACAACCAGCAGUCGUCCUCUAGGCGUUUCGGCGGCGUCCAGCAUCAGUCAGUCGGUGCUGCUGAGCGGUACGGCAGGCCGGCAGGGACAAAUGUACCUGAGGGUCAACCGAACCCUGAGGAACCCCAUCUCCUCCCAGCUCAUCUUCAUGCCCGGUAGCGCAGCAACCGCUGCCGUGGCAACCGUCACCCAGCAGCCACAGGAAGUGCCUCCAGCAUCCUCCUCCAGCAGCCAGUUGGAUAACGACCAGGUGCAGAAUCUCGCCCUGAGAGGCGUCUCGAGUCCAAAAGGUGUCAAAACUGAAGCCCCAGAGAAGAGUGACUCUGCUGCCUACUCUCUGGUUCAGCCGUCCCACCACUUAGCCUCCCAGUCCCCCACUAAACCAAACCCACAACCACCACACAUCAAAAUCCCCACCUACCCCCAGCCUGCUAACCUCAAAGCCCACCCCUCCUCUUCCUCCGGUGUGUCCUCCACCUCCUCCAUUCCUCUCUCCCAGCUCUUGCUCCACGGAACGCGGACCCUGACCACAGGAGCCGCGGCCCCCACCCUGGUCCUGACGUCCAACGCUACAUCUCAACCCCACGGAUACCCGGUAGGCACGGCAACCAUCAAACCAGCUGUGAACACCCAGACUCUGGUGGUGCAGCCGCUGCAGAAGUCUUCGCUUGGCGCCGAGAAGCCGGGCCACGCGAACGGACCCGUUCCCAUCCAGCCCAAAACGCUGCAGGGGCUCCGCCUCCCUCUUCAGGUGCCUUCUAGGAACCCUCCUCCCAUCCUUCCUGCCCCAACACCCACCAGCAGCUCUAACCACCCCACCCAGCCUCCGCACAUCCCUGUUCAGAUAGUGGGGGCCAGGCAGAGCACGCUGGGGGGGGCCCAGGCUCUCGCCCUGGCCCGGGGGAGCUGCAGCCAGGAAGGAGCCGCCGUCCUCAGCAGUUCGUCCAGCCUGCUCACCAUGGUGGCCUCCAUCGCCUCCAGGGAGGGCGGGGUGGCUGGCCGAGGGGUGGGGCUUAAGACACUUCAGACUCCCCAGGAGGCUCCCCCGCUGGCCCAGGCGUCUCGGGUGCACCCACAGGCCAGUCAGAGCUCCGCCCAGAGUCAGAACGGCGCUUUGGCGCCAAGCUCAACUUUCUCUCAGUCCAAAGCCAUUUCCUGUCCUCCCCCCUCGCAGCCUCGCGCCACACAGUCCCUCCCACAGGUGGCGGAGGAGCAGAGAGGAGCGCCAGCAGUAACGGCCAACGGGGACGCGCCGGGACGGCAGACGCCACAGGGGAAGCAGACGAGCACCUCCCUGAAGCGAAAAUCUGACUCCAGCGCCGUGAAUGAUGAAGAUGGGCCGACUCCUCCUCAGCUCCAGCCGCUCAGAGACCCCCCCUCAGCAUCUCCAACCAAUCCUGUCGGUGCAGGCUCUGCUUCUCCUCCUGCCUCCUCUUCGCCCACGCCGGCGCUCUCGGUGUCCCGCGGGGCCUGCGCUCAGGGGGAAAGAGCUUCGCCUCCUCAAGCCGUUGUUAAACCGCAGGUCCUCACACACCUGAUAGAAGGAUUUGUCAUCCAGGAAGGAGCGGAGCCUUUCCCCACAUGCGGUCCCAUUAAGGACUCGGCUGGAGAGGAUCUGACAGACGACAGUCCGGAGGAAACUAGCCCAUCGGAAACGGUUACCACGGCAACAGUGCUGAAGUGUGAGUACUGCAAAAACUUUGCCCCCGCCAGCCAGUUCCGGGGCACCAAAAGGUUCUGCUCCAUGUCUUGUGCCAAGAGGUACAACGUCAGCUUCAGACAGCACUACUCUGUGAGGCAGCGCCACAGCCAGCGUCGGGAUCGGGAUCACCUCUCGAACUCGGACGACGACGGCGGGAUCGCCAGGAGGAGAGUUCCUCGCAGGACUAGCUCCGAGAUAGCCAGCGCAAAGAUAGCAGGAAGACCCAUUCCUGCAAAGUGCCGUUCAGAGUCCAGCCACUCCGACGAGGAGUCCAGCGGUGAGGAGGACGAAGACGACGCUGCGUCUCUUUCACCCGCUUCCUCGGGUUCCUGCCACCUGGAACUCCCUCCUCCUCCUCCUCUUGCUCCGGCUGCUCCACCUCUUCCUCCUGCGGUCCAAACGGAGAGCUCCGCCCCCAACAGCCUCCCUGGGAGUCCUUCCCAGUGGAGCGUGGAGGAAGUCUCACGGUUUAUCUCCUCACUACAAGGCUGCGAGGAGCUCGUCUCCCAGUUCCUGUCGCAGGAAAUUGACGGACAGGCGCUGCUCUUGCUGAAGGAGGAGCAUCUGAUGUCCACCAUGAACAUCAAGCUAGGACCCGCCCUGAAGAUCUGUGCUCACAUCAACAGCCUGAGAGACUAACGCUCCCAUAGAUCUGUCCUUCUUACCCACAAGUCCCAUCUGUGCACCCGGGUCUGAUGUGGAACUGGUGAUGAAGGGGUGAGGGGGCCUGCAGGUGAAUGUAUGAAGUUCAAAGGUCAACCUGGGAAGGAAUGUGAAAGUUGGUGGUUUAGUCGCUCCUGAUUUUUUCGUCGGUGGAACAUUUCAGUACCGAUUCGGUACUUUUGGUCUCUAAUAAAGCCAGAUGUUUCAGUGGAGGCUCCUGUCAGCAGCAGUGCCUAACAUCUGCUCUCGUAGUCUGAACUAAAUGAAGAAUCAGAUUUUUGCAACUCAAAAAUCCAGCAGGAAUCAGAAAAGAAAAGCCCUUAAAAGUAUUCCGGACGUGCAGUCAGGAAUUCCUUUGGAAUAAUCGGUCACUUAUAAAAAGGGAUGUUGUGAAAAAGGACAUCAAAGAAAUCUUUGGAUUAUUUACAAUGUAGCUGAUUUAAUCCCUCAAAAUUAGCUGAUCGAAGGAUUCUUUUAAAGUAUUUAUGUGAAGGAAGGAUUUUUUUUAAGCUUUUAUUUACAAAGAAAGGUCAUCCCGGUGUAUUAAAGGUGCAAUAGGAGGCGCCAUCAUUAACUCUGCUUACCAAAGGUUAAUCCACACAAUGUCUAAGACACGCCCACGUUUUUGUAAUGAGUCAUAUUCUUAUUUAUUUAUUUAGCGACCGUAAGACUGUGAACGGGCUCACGGUCCCAAACUCCCGUUUAAACUUCAUCUACGGCCUGGAAACCGCGGCUUCGGCACGUCUGUUACGUUUUUACUGGAUUUCAUGUUUCAGAGACAAUUACAUGAAUUAAUUUAACUGGUACCACUUUACAAUUAGACUAGCCUUAUAGAUGGUCAAUAAAUGGUUUGUAGAUGUUUUAAUAAUGAGUGUUGAUUUAAAAAUCAUUAUUUGUUUGUCAUGUAUUGAGACGGUACCUGACAGGGUUUAGUAGAGAUGGUGAGCCAAAACUGUUUUCUCUUUUUCAGCAUUACUGAGGCCCUGUCCGCACGUAGCCGGGGAUCUGCCAAAACGUAGAUAUUUUUCUACGUUUUGGCCUGUCAUCCACACGAAAACGGAGUUUUUUCACAUGAAAACGGAUCUUUUUAAAAACUCCGGCCAAAGUGAAGAUCUGCGUUUUCUCCGUUUUGGGUGUCUGCGUGUGGACGGACAAAACCGGAGUUUUAAGGUCCGCAACGUCACUUUCCGCGACAAAAAAAUGCUGACAUCACGUGUGCGACCUGUGUUUACACUAGCCGACAGCAUGGAUGCCCUCAGAGCUGCGCUCGCUUUAUCAAUUGUCCAAGCGCUUUUUGCUUGUUUGUUUUUGCAAGCGGAAUUACUGCUCCUUGCGGAAGACCACAGACGAAGGACGAGGUUAAGAACGGGGGAAGUACUGCCGCCUACAGGUCUGGCAUGUCCUUAACAACGUAUUUAUCCAGGUACGUGUGGACAGAGUUUUUUUUUAAACGAGGUGGUGUGGAUGCAAGUUUCUGGAGGGGCGGAUAUUAGUUUUUUAAAAAACCCGGCUACGUGUGGACUAGGCCUGAAUGUGAGAUGAACACAUGAGCUCAUUCGCUGCCAGCCGUUUCCUGAUCGGUAAAGGCCUUCGCUGCCGGCGUUUUUCAGCGUUUUUACUGUUUUUUUAAGAGUCACAGAACGUUGCGCGCUAGCAUGAUGUCGAUGCCAAAACAACCAAAACAAAGCGGAGCCUCACCUCUUACAUCAGGAAGAAUCCGCGUGUUUCGAGCGUUCUUUUAUAAUCCGUUGUUGCAUUGUGAUCGGCAGAAACUUUUCCGGUUCGCGCCUCACUUUUUUUACAGCAGCGGCCCAAAACGAUCUCCUAACACAUGGAUUUUCUGCUUCCUGAUCACGUGCCGUGUGACGUACGCGGAUGAAGAUCGGCUUUAGAGCGGUUUGUUCUCACGGAGUGGGGGCUCGUCCGACGCCCACACAGUAAAAAAAUAUGUGAACGAGUGAAUCAUUAACACAUCUAUAAACUAUUUUAUUAGCCAUUAAUAGGGAGAGCCUUUUUGUAAAGUUGAAUGUAUUGGUUGCCAUGUGUGUGAAGAGCAUCUCAAACAAAAAAUGCUUCAUUAAAACGUCUCCUGUUGCACCUUUAAUGAUGUGGUUUUGCUAACGCUAACAGGGUAGGGAGAGUACAGGGUACCAGCUGAGACCAGAGUCCAAUUCAAAGCCCAGAUCAGAAUUCAUUAGCCUCAGAUUAAACUUUUGUGUUUUACAGGUAGGAAAAUGGGCUUUUUUCCAAAACCAGAAGCUUUAGUUUCAUUUAAAGCAGCUGCUCCACGUCAUCAUGACAGAGACUCGGAUACAGGUUUAAAAAAAAUGAAAGAAGAGCGAAUGAGCAUCCUGUACACGCGGACCUUCGUUUGUAACGGGUUCACACAAAAACAAAAGUACUGUGAAUAAGAACCGUGAUUAUACUGUAGUACGUGUCAAAUCUGCCUUUCUAUUUAAUUGCACAUUUAUUUGCUGGACUGUUUAGUUUCGGCUCUUUUUACAUAGAACCGUGUUUGUUUGUGUUUCUCUGAAACUCGUGGCCUUUCUUACUCCACACUAGCUCUAGAUGACGAUCGUCUCUCUUUAUGAAGGAAAAGACAUUUUCACAUCGUUCCUUCUUUUAUAUAUUCGCCCACCCUCCUUUUUUAUGGCUUUUUUUUUUGCCUUUCCCAAAGCGUGACUGACCAUAGCUCCACCCUGAUGAAGGGAACCUGCCGUCUUCCUCCUAGCUUUGUCUUCUAGUGUGUACCUACCCACAAUAUUCUAGCGGCUGUAAUGUUGGUGACUGUGGCAAUUGCAAGAUUUUCUUUUGGGAAAGGGAUGAUUCUUGGUAGCUGUGUUUAUUUGUUCGUCUCCUCUCUGAACGAAAAGGUCCAAAUAGCCAAAAGUGGACCUGGGGCUCUAAUUCAACUGCAGCAGCUUUCUUCCUUUGCUGUUUGUUCACCCCUAAAUAAAAAGUGGCACUUUUACCCCCAAAACAACAAUGCAUUAUGCUAAAAUGUAAUUUUUUUUCUAAUCGUGUUCAGAUUUGUGCUUGCAAUAAUCACAAAAGCUGCAAAAUCUUGGAGGAGAUGCAUUUAAGGAGGAAUUCAUACUAUAAUGCAAAUAAAUCGGCUCUUAAAACUGU